AUGAUGGCAGCUGUCAAUCACACCAGCUUGCAGCCUACCUCCUUCAUUCUGGUCGGCAUCCCAGGGCUGGAGGACCUGCACAUCUGGCUUUCCAUCCCAUUCUGCCUAAUGUAUAUCACUGCAGUCUUUGGCAACCUCCUCCUCUUAUUUGUCAUUGUGGAGGAGCGAAGCCUCCAUGAACCAAUGUACCUUUUCCUGGCCAUGUUAGCCAUGGCAGAUCUCGUAUUAUCCUCCUCCACAGUGCCCAAAGCCCUGAGCAUAUUCUGGUCCCUUUCCAAGGAGAUGUCUUUCCACGCCUGCCUUACUCAAAUGUUCUUUGCACAUUUAAGCUUCAUUGCAGAAUCAACCAUCCUGCUGGCCAUGGCAUUUGACCGGUACGUUGCCAUCUGCAACCCGCUGCGGUACGCCACAGUGUUCACACACUCAGUGAUAGCAAAGAUUGGGCUGGCUGCCGUAGCCCGGAGCUUUUGUGUGAUGUUCCCAACAGUAUUCCUCCUUCGGAGGUUGCCGUAUUGCGGACACAAUGUCAUGCCACACACCUACUGCGAGCACAUGGGCAUCGCCCGGCUAGCCUGUGCCGACAUCUCCUUUAACAUCUGGUAUGGCUUUGCCACCACUCUUCUGUCACCAGGAGUGGACAUCAUGCUCAUAGCGGUGUCAUAUGUCCUCAUCCUCAGGGCUGUCUUCAGGCUGUCAUCCAAGGAUGCCCAGCUCAAGGCAGUUGGCACCUGUAGCUCUCAUGCUUGUGUUAUAUUCAUGUUCUACAUACCAGCGUUUUUCUCGUUUUUCACUCAUCGGUUUGGCCACAAUAUCCCCCAACAUGUUCAUAUCCUCUUGGCAAAUCUCUAUAUGCUCCUACCACCCAUGCUAAACCCCAUUGUCUACACAGUGAAAAACAAACUAAUUCGAGAAAAAGUGUCCCGAAUAUUCCUUAGGAGUGGGCAAUUGCAUUGA